CGCAGGCCGAUGACGCAAGAGGCGGCUCGGCAGCAUGGCGUCCGUGACGCUGAGCGAGGCGGAGAAGGUGUACAUCGUGCACGGCAUCCAGGAAGACCUCCGCGUGGAUGGCCGUGGCUGUGAGGACUACCGAUGUGUCGAAGUGGAAACCGACGUGGUGUCCAACACCAGCGGAUCUGCCAGGGUCAAGCUGGGUCACACGGACAUUUUGGUGGGAGUGAAAGCAGAAAUGGGGGCGCCGAGGCUGGACAAGCCAAACGAAGGUUAUUUGGAGUUCUUUGUCGACUGUUCAGCCAAUGCCACCCCUGAAUUUGAAGGUCGAGGCGGUGAUGACCUUGGCACAGAGAUUGCCAACACCCUGUACCGGAUAUUCAACAACAAGAGCAGUGUGGACCUGAAGUCGCUCUGUAUCAGUCCCCGGGAGCACUGCUGGAUCCUCUAUGUGGACGUGCUGCUGCUGGAAUGUGGCGGAAAUUUGUUCGAUGCCAUCUCCAUUGCUGUGAAGGCCGCUCUCUUCAAUACAAGGAUACCAAGAGUUCGUGUUUUGGAAGAUGAAGAGGGGUCGAAGGACAUUGAGCUGUCUGAUGACCCUUAUGACUGCAUCCGGCUAAGUGUGGAGAAUGUCCCCUGCAUCGUCACCCUGUGCAAGAUUGGCUACCGACAUGUGGUGGACGCUACUCUUCAGGAGGAGGCUUGCUCCUUGGCCAGCCUGCUGGUGUCCGUGACCAGCAAGGGUGUGGUGACGUGCACGAGGAAAGUGGGGAAGGGCAGCCUCGACCCAGAGAGCGUCUUCGAGAUGAUGGAGACUGGCAAGCGAGUGGGCAAGGUGCUGCACGCCUCCCUGCAGAGCGUCCUGCACAAGGAAGAGAGCCUGGGGCCCAAGAGACAGAGAGUCGGAUUCCUGGGGUGACGAGCACAGCAACCCCAGCGCAGGGGGCUGGCUUUCACCUUCCCCUUUAAGCCAAAGUUUGUAUUUAUUUUUUUUAACUAUUGUGUACGUGUGAAAUUAAAGUCUGUUUUCUGGUCUGG